AUGGCUUCAAAACUCUCCAAGACAAUGCCCUUCAACUCCUCUGCUACUCUUUUCUUCAUUGCAUGCCUAUUCCUCGCCAUAAACUAUAUCAGGCAACUUCACAAUGAGUUUCAGAAGGCUACCUACCCUGAAUCUUUUAGAAUACCUGGAUGGUUCGACGUCGUUGCCCCGUAUAUCAGAGAUGAAAAAAUCAACAUUGGGUUGGUGAACAUUGACGGAGUUCAUGUUGAUAAUAUAGACCUCGAAUUGAAACGGAGAGCAAACAUGGUGAAGGUACAUUUCAACCCGGUGGUUGAUUACAUCAGGUGGAAAGACUUUUUUCCUGUAUGGAUUAAUGAAAAAUAUCCUUCCAAGUGCCCAGAGAUUCAGAUGCCUCGAUUUGAAGAUUAUCAUGAGUUGGAUGUGAUUCUUGCUAGGGUUCCUUGUAGUAGAGAUGAUGAAGGGAGGGAUGUGUUGAGAUUGCAGGUGAAUUUGGUGGUAGCCAAUUUGUUGGUAAGAAGCAGGAGGAAGAAUAAUAGCUCAGUAUUUGCUGUGUUCACUGGCUCUUGUACACCUAUGUGGGAAAUUUUUAGAUGUGAUGACCUUUUGUGGCAUGAAGGAAAUUACUGGGUAUACAAACCUGAACUGACAAGGCUUCAACAAAAGGUGCUCAUGCCUGUUGGAACAUGUCAACUAGCACCUGCAAUUUUAGAACAAGGUCAAAAAAUAUGGAGAAAAUAUAAUAACACAAGCCAAAGUCACACUCUUCCCCAACCAAGGGAAGCUUAUGUUACUGUCCUCCAUUCAUCAGAAAACUAUGUCUGUGGUGCAAUAGCUUUAGCCCAAAGUAUAAUGCAAACUAACACCACGAAAGACCUCGUUUUGCUAGCUGAUGUUGACAGUAUAUCUCAAUACUCUCUUGAAGGUCUCCGAGAAGCCGGAUGGAAAAUCAAACCCAUUCGUCGAAUUCGAAGUUCUCACUCGGAAAGACACGCAUAUAAUGAAUAUAACUACAGCAAGCUUCGAAUAUGGCAACUAAAGAAUUAUGAUAAAGUCAUGUUCAUAGACUCAGAUCUCAUUGUAUUGAAAAACAUAGACAAGUUCUUCAAUUAUCCACAAUUAUCAGCUGUUAGGAAUCAUGAACACAUUUUCAACUCUGGAUUGAUGCUAAUUGAGCCCUCUACUUGCACAUUUAAGACACUAAUGAAGAAGAGAUUUGCAGUAGCAUCUUACAAUGGUGGUGAUCAGGGUUUUCUUAAUGAAAUAUUCCCAUGGUGGCAUCUUCUUCCGGCGAAGUUAAAUCAAUUCAAGUACUUCGACGACAUUAAUGAUCAAUUACAUGAAAUCCCACAUGAUAUGUAUGCUGUGCAUUAUUUUGGUAUAAAGCCAUGGACGUGCUAUCAAGACUAUGAUUGUAACUGGGAUAGGCUAAAAAACCAAAUUUAUGCAAGUGACAUGGCUCAUGAGAAAUGGUGGAAUGUUUACAAAGACAUGCCCAAGAAACUGAAAAAAUAUUGUUCACUAACUUCAGAAAUGGAUGCAAGGAUACAGAUGAAUAGGGCCAAAGCAAAAAAUGCUACUUUUAUUGAUGGUCAUUGGAAGAUAAAGGUAAAAGACCCUAGAAGACUUUCAAUAUUAUCAAUUUCUUGA